UUGGCUCACAGACUUCUUGUUGUGGAUGCAAAAUUACAACUGUUUAAUUAUUGAUGAAAACUUACAAUCUUAGGGCUUCAAUUUUAAUGACAUAAUUAAUGCACACUACAUGAUGGACACGGAGGUUCAGCGUCAGAAUAGGUAUCUCUCUAGAUUUGGACUCCAUCGUAUUCCAAUUGAAGGCGAUGGAAAUUGUUUGUUUAGAGCUAUUAGUUUCUCUCUCUACGGUCAUCAGGAUAGUCAUGCAUAUCUCAGAAAUUUAGCUAUUGAAACUUUAAGAGCCAAUCUUGGAGAGUUUUCAGAUCAUUUUUUAUCAGACAGAGGAACCCCUUUAGAACAAAUUCAAAGAUUAAGUCAACUUGGUACAUAUGCAGGACAGGAAUGUAUAUAUGCAUUGGCAAAAGCUUUAAAUCUCAACAUUCUGGUUACGGUUGGUGGAGAUGAGUCCUCCUCUGAAGUCAUAACCAUGGAAAAUACUUUCACUGCCAAUCCCACACAAAACCAGAUUCAUAUAAUAUGGAGUAGAUUUGGUGGAGGUCAUUAUGAAGCAGUUGGAGACAUGGAAGUUCAGGAGGCUUCAGCUCCACCCAUGUAUAAUCCUGUUAUUGGCAAUGAGAACAACCUUCACACAAAACCGUGGAGAACAAGUAACCCUUUUUCCAAGCCAGUAGAUGUGACACAUUUAGGUAAAAAGAAAUAUGGUUUAAGAGGAAUGCAUUCUUAUGAAAAGUCUGCAGCUUCAGGGAAAGGUCAUAUAUCAGAGCUACAUAGCUAUACCAAGCCAGAACUGCCUGUACAACCAUUACCAGAGAAAAAAUAUGUGUGUUCAGAAUGCAAAGUUUCAUUUUUCAAUUCUGUCACACUUGGAAAGCACAAGGCUAAACACCAUCAGAGAAUUCUGAAAAAGUCAGGAAAGGAUUUGUAUCCAUGCAUGGCAUCAACAUGCUUCUUGCAAUUUAGAACAAAAGAGCAGUUAGUUGAGCAUGAAAUUCAGGCACAUGGGGCAAAUAUUUUAACAGAAAAUCUAGUUUUUGAAACUAAGGAGGAUUUUAAUAAAUUUAAAGAACAGGAGGAAAUAUCAUUAAACACACGUUAUGUGUUAAGGAAUAAGGUGCAGCAGAACAAAAAGAAAGAGAGAGUGUACUCUCUUGAAUGCCAUAGAAAUGGCUGUACAAGGUCACAUAAAAAAAAGGGAUAUCAAGUAAAAUCUUCCAAGAAAAAUAUUAAGGGGAAGUGCCAGUUGAAUAGCAUUUGUCCAGCAAAGUUUUCCGUGCGUGAAAGGGAUGAUGGAAAGGUCUUUGUAAGGUAUAUAAAAUCUCAUACUCAUUCAUUGUCCUUUGAACAAAGCAAAUUCUUGUCCAUUCCGGAAAGUGUAAAAUCAGAAAUUUUAGGUAUGCUGUCCUUAAAAAUACCAAUCAACAACAUUUUGGACAAAAUUCGAGAGAAAUUUUCUGACAGGGAUAACCGGGACAACCUAGAGGAUAUCAAGUAUUACAAUUUAAUUGAUCGGAAAACAAUUCACAACUUGAAAAGGAAAUUGGCAGAUCCAUCAAUUAUACAACAUACCAAUGAUGCAAUUUCUACUUAUUUAAAAGUUGAAAUGCUGAAAAGGGAAAAAUUUAAUCCAAUUUUAAUUUUCAAGCAGCAGGAUGUCGAUAAUAAUCCAUCAAUAACACCAGGACUGAGCAAAGAGGACUUUAUGCUUGCUUUCAUGACAAAACAGCAACUGGAGAUUUACCAAAAGUUUGCCAAUAGAAUAUUAUGCAUGGAUUCAACACAUAAAACAAAUAGCUAUUCAUUUAAAUUGAUAACACUUUUGGUUCCUGAUCAGUUUAGGAAAGGAUACCCAGUGGCAUUCUGCAUUUCUAAUAGGGAGGACGAAACAGCCAUUGCUUUAUUUUUAAAUUCUGUAAAGUCAAGGUCACCUGAAACAAAGGUUCAAAUCUUAAUGACAGAUGAUGACAAUGCAGGAUGGAAUGCUGCAAGGUCUACUUUUGGGGACAAAUUACAACAUUAUUUGUGCACUUGGCAUAUUUAUAGGUCAUGGACACGUAAUGUUCAACACUACUUUAGAGAUGAUGAACACAAAAGUAUUGUUUUUAGUUUUCUAUGUGCUAUGUUGGAAGCGAAAUCUGAGAGCCAGUUUCUUCAAUACAAAUCUGCUUUUGUUGCCAAACUGCAAUCACUAAAUCCAACUUUUUUGAAAUAUGUGGAAGAUAAUUAUUUUUGCAGAGCAGAGAAAUGGGCAAAGUGUUUCAGGAAAGGUGAAUACUGUAAGGUUGAUACAAACAUGUUCAUCGAAAGUUUUCAUAACCAACUGAAAACUGUUUAUUUUGAGGGUAAAAGAAACAAAAGAAUUGAUGUCUUAUUGGAAACUUUGUUGAAGUUGGAGAAUAACUUAUUUAUCAAUUAUUUCAAGAGAGUCUCUUAUAAUCUACCUUCCAAAGAGGAUUCGGAUACACAAAAGAGGCAUGAAAGUAGUCUACAUAUUCAUGACAGGGAAAUAAAGCAAAUUUCUGAGAGAUUUUUUAUUGUAGAAUCCAGGGAAAGGCAAUAUAUAGUUGAAAUUUGGAAUAGGUAUUGUAAUUUAGAGCAUUGUUAUGUUAAAUGCAAGGAAAUACCUUGCAUUGAUUUAUGUUACCACUUAUAUAAAUGCAACUGCCCUGACUAUGAAAAUGGCUAUUUAUGCAAACACAUUCAUAAGGUGCAUAGCAUUUGUACAAGCUACAGAAAUGGGGAUGAAUGUGGGGAAUCUGAUGAGACACUAUUUGUCAACCCACAGCAAGACUCUUCUCAGUCCCAGAAUACCCCCGUUGAUCCAGAAACUCAAUAUAAUCAGAUAAAAAAACUGAUGCAGCAGAUUGAUAGUCAGUUGGAACAUCCAAAGAUCAGGGAAAUGAGAUUUCAAACUAUACUUCAGACAUUUCAAGCAAUAGCUGCUGGUAAUGAUGCAUGUAUCAACCUUUCAGAAGACACAGGAAAGCUCAAGGAGACUGAGAAAGUUUCAGGCAAUGCCAAUAAUAUCUUACAACCUAGAUUUCAUACUACAGAAAAGAAAAAAGGGAGACCUAAAAAAGUUCCAUUGAGAAAACCAACUGAAGAGGAAAAAGAGCAUCUGUUGAGUCAUCAAGACAUGCCACAACCACCUUUGGAAGAAACUGUAGCACCUGUACACACGUUACCAUCAGUUGCCCCAUACCCUCCUUUGAGAUUGGUGCGUACCCCUUCCACCUCAACACAGCUGCCUAGCACACCAGAACAGCCAUUGUUUGAAGUAAAUGGUCAGUUGGGAUUGCAGCCAUGGAUGAGAGUGCCACCAUCACUGAUUGGGAGGAGGAUCAAAGUGAAGACAAAGGAUGGGAAAACUCAAGUCUUGAUAUUCACUAAAGGAGUCACUGAUACAAAUAACAAUCUUCACUGAGACUCUUAUUCAAAAACAUGAAGUGCUUGGCAAAUUUAUGAUUUUUCUGUAUAAAUUUAAUCUCAAAUUAGGUUAUAUUGAUGGAAAAAGCUUCAAGCAGAAGAAUUCUUGAUUAAUUGAACAUCAAGUCAUGUUAUGAAAGAGCAAAAUAUACAGUCUAGAAUAAUUUGAAUGCUUAAUUUCAGACAUUUUCUGAUUAGCAUUUCCUGUAGUAUUUAAAUCUAUGUUGGAUAAUUCAUUCAAGAACUCAUAAAGAUGAUUCAUUUCUAUAGCAAUUAAUGAGGGUGAUUGGUGCUUUAAUAUUUUUUCUUAUCUUUUCAUGUGUGCAAAGACAGAGACACCUGGAAACAGACCUAUUUCACUUGUGCAUAAAGUCAGUCCAGUAGCAGAUUGGCAAUGGUAGAUAGGCUUUUUGCCUUAGGCCAGUGCUCAAGUGUCAUUAGGUUUGAUUUCCAGCUGAGAAUUGGAGCCACACGCCAUAGGAAUACAAAUCCACAGAGAGCCAGAAAAGGGACCUGUUUCACUUUGAGCAUAAAGUCAGUCCAGUAGCAGAUUGGCAAUGGUAGAUAGGCUUUUGCCUUAGGCCAGUGCUCAAGUGUCAUUAGGUUUCCUGUUUAACUGGCAGUGCCUAUGGAAAUUUAUCUCCAUCUCAGGAUCAAGUCCUUUGUUCAGGUGACAAGAAGUUCCUUUCCUUUGUUCAGAUUAUUGCCAAUGUAUAUCAAAUUUCCAUAUCCUGACUUAUGUAGUUCAGAGAGAACUUAGCUCAAGUUUACAUGUUAAAAGCAUAUUUUAAGCAUUAUAGCUUUCAUUUGUUUUUAGUUCACAUAAGCCAAAGGUUGAAGAGAGCUUUUCUGAUUGAAAUGUGUCUAUUGUCGUCAUUGUAGACUUUUCACAUUUUUGACCUCUUCUCCAGAACAACUGGAAAAUUUCAACCAAACUUGGCACAAAUCAUCCUUGAGUAAAUGGGGUUAACUUUGUUCCUAAAGGGUCACAUCUUCUUGGAAGCAGAGACAAUCAAGAAAAAACAAAAAUAGAAAGGACAGGUCUUAAGAUGUGGCUCCUAAUGAUCAUAUAGUGAAUAUGCAUUAAAUCAUUGAAAAUCUUCUUUGUUCCAUAGGCAUUUAGCAGGCAAACUAAGUAAAGAGUUGUAAUGAGAAAAGGUGUUGUUAAUCACAUGUAUGAAAUUCAUAACCACAGGUUCAGGGUUUCUGAUGCUGGGAAAAGACACAAUUCAUAAUGUAGUUUAAUUUUUCACUUAUGGUAAUGAAACACUCAGGUGAUUCUUAGGGCCCUACGAUGGAUCCAAGGAUAGGGAUGGGGCUAAAAUUGGGUAUCAAAUUGAAUAAAAUCUUUUAAAAACAUUCCUUUCUCCAGAAUAGAAAGGUAAUUUUAGUAAUAUUUUUACCAAUAUUUACCCGUAGUCAUAUUGAUAAUGAAGUGUUCCCAUUAUGACUUGAUUCAAGUUUAGUUAAAUCAUAAGUUCUUUGGGCUAAAGUAAGGUCACCCUAUAGGAAAUUUGUUUAUGUGAAUAAGGAGGGAGAUAUUUUACAUCCUGCGGUUUUCAAAAUAAUGGGUCUAAUAUGACUCAGGUGAGAGAUUUGGUCCAUGGGCCUCCAUAUUCUGUUUUUUUGUUUUUUGUUGUUUUUUUUGUUUUUUUUUUUUGUUGUUUUUGUACUUUUGUUGCAUGCAUGCAGGUUCUUUGUUUAAAAAAAAUUAUUUAAAAAAAAAAAUUUAACUGUUUCCCAACUGAUGAAGCCCGGACAGUUGAAAAGUUACUUGUACAUGUGUUAAUUGAUAAACAAAUGGCACGGAGGCUUUCAUACCAGUUAGGUACAUUUUCAUACCAAAUGAAUUAUAUUCUGAUAAAUAACUUAAAAACUUUAAAGAUUCUGUAACUUUUUCUCUAAGUUUAGCCUUCUUGUGUAUUGUUGUUUUUCGUGCAUUUUAUCCUGCUUCCUAAAAUAUGAAUAAUUACAAAAAAGAUGCAGAUCAAUUUACUUGAUU